ACGUGGAGCCCGGCCGGCCAUGGGCGAGUUCCAGGUGCACCGAGCGCGGCUCUUCGCCUUCGUGCCGUCCGGCGUCCGCUGCCUGGCCGUCCCCGGCGCCCGCCCGUCCCACCGCCGCCUGGCCGCCGCCCGCCUCGACGGCGCCGUGGAGCUCUACGACCUGCAGGCCAACGGCGCCCAGGAGAAGGUGAUCCCGGGCCACGAGGCGCGCGCCCCGGAGGCGCUGUGCUGGGCGGCGGGCGAGCGGCUCUUCGGCGCCGGGCUCGACGGGGCGGUGCUGGAGUACGACCUGCAGAGGCUGCGCGUGAAGGGCUCGCUCGACGCCUUCGGGGGGCCCCUCUGGAGCAUGGCGGCCGACCCCUCCGGCGCCCGGCUGGCGGUGGGCUGCGAGGACGGCUCCGUCAAGCUCUUCCGAGUCGGGGCGGAUGGAAUCCAAUUUGAAAGGCAGCUGGACCGGCAGAAAGAGCGCAUCCUCUCUCUAUCCUGGCAUCCUUCUGGGACCAAGAUCGCAGCUGGCUCCAUCGACUGCAUUUACAUCUUUGACCUCGAAUCUGGGCACACCAGCCAGCGGAUCCUGGUAGAAAGGCGUCUGCAAGGCCCCUCCAGCCAGAAAUGCCUGGUGUGGGGCCUGGCCUUCCUUUCUGAUGGCACCGUGGUCAGCGUGGAUUCGGCUGGAAAAGUGCAGUUCUGGGAUUCGGCGAUGGGCACUCUGCUCUCCAAGCACCCCGUCAGCAAAGCUGCGGUGCUUUCUGUGGCCGUGGCUGAGGCAGAAGACAGUAUGGUGGUUGGCACGUCAGAGGGGACGGUGUAUCAGUUCCAACUGCUACCAGUGAAGCUGGGCAGCUCUGAGUGCGAGUGGGUGCGGACCAGACCCUUUCGGCAUCACACUCACGAUGUGCGGACGGUGGCUCACACCGCCACAGCCUUCAUCUCUGGAGGGCUGGAUGGGCAACUUGUGAUCCGACCCCUGAUGGAGAAGGUGGACUCCAAGUCCUAUGAUGCUGCCCUCCGAACAAUCACCUUCCCCCACAGGCGCCUCGUCUCCUGUGCCAGGACAGCCCGGCUCCUCCUCUUCCAGUACCCCCAGCACCUGGAGCUCUGGCGACUUGGCACCACCAACGUCUUCGGAAGGCCUGGUGAGGUCCUGCCAGUGUCCUGCCCCCCCCAGAACCUGCUCCAGCUGAAGGCCAAGGGCCCCGAGCACAUCCGCUCCAGCUGCCUCUCCCCGUGUGGCGGCUGGAUUGCCUACUCCACAACUAGCAGGUUCUUCCUGCAUCGGGUUCAGCUCGCCGGUGACCACGUUUCCAUCAACCGAGUUCGCAAGACCCCCAGGCUGAACGGCUCAGCCCACAGCCUCCUUUUUUCUGGCGACGCCACCAGGCUCUUCCUGGCAUCGGAUCGGGGCUGCGUGCAUGUGCUUUCGCUCUCGCAGUCAGGGAUCUGCAGGCAUCUAUACACGCUUCGUCCAAAUUCAGAGAGGUUGGAAGCAGUGCAUCAGCUGGCAGUGAGUGCGGAUGGCAGGUGGUUGUGUGCAGCAGGUGGAGACCGGGAAAUCUGCAUCUAUAACUUGGAAAACACCAAGCUUCACUGCUCUGUGCCAGCCUACGAGUGCCCAGUGACCGCAAUGGCAAUCCAUCCGCUGACCAAUAACCUCAUCGUGGCGCAUUCGGAUCAGCAGCUGUUUGAGUUCAGCAUCCAGGAGGGAGGCUACACGCCCUGGAGCCGGAAGCUGCAACAGCUGGGCCUGCACAAGGAUUGGCUGGAGCGAGACACACCCAUCACCCACAUUACCUUCCGCCCCGGGCACUCCUCGCAUGUCUUGCUGCACGACACGUACAUGUUCUGCAUCCUGGACAUGUCGCUGCCACUGCAUGAGGAUGCUGCGGCCUCAAAGAAGCUGGAGCCACACGUGAAAACGAUCCAGCGUGGUCGUGGCCGUGCCUUCAAGGUCUGCAAGAAGUUCCAGCCUCUGCUCUUUGUGGAUUUCCUGGAUGACAACUCUUUGGUGGUGAUGGAGCGGCCGCUGAUGGACAUCAAAGCCCAGUUGCCACCACCCGUCUAUCAGAAGAAGUUUGGGACCUAACGUGCUGCCCUGCAGGGACCUCCGAGGAUCUUUGCAGAGGCCGUGCUUCAUUGAGGGGCUCCCGGUGCCCCUCCCGUCAGAAGCAGGGGGCUGCGUGUCUGGCUGGGAAAGAGAGGCACCCCUCGUAGUAGUUAACCUCUUGUGCCUGGGAGCCAGGACCGCCAUGGGCCUCCUCACUCGGGACUUGGUCCAGCCUUGGCUGCUGCUUUUCUCUGAACCUUCCUGGUGAAGAAUUGCAAAGAGUUACUUCCUGUUUUCUGCACGGUGUGUCGGGGCUCAUCCCUUGGCCAGAAAGGAGCAGCCGCAUCGUCUCUGGGAGAAGCCUGUGGCCGGCAGCCAAGGGGCCAGCAGACUUCCUUCAGGGCCGCCCUGGGACCCCUUGGCUCUGCCUGCCCAGGCAGGCAGACCAGGAACCCUGAUUUCCGCCCCAUCAAACCAGAAGAGCAAAGUCAGCAGCUGCCUUGACCUGCUUUGUUUUGUGUUUCUCCAGGAAGACUUUGUGUGUGUGUGUGUGUCCCUGCAUUUGCAGAGGGAGAGAAGGAAGUGAACAGCCUGUUCGCUGCUGCUGUUCAGUGGAGCCUGAAGGUCGUGUGUCCCUCUUGGCCUGCUGGCCAGUGUUAGCAGCCCCUCCCUCCCGGUCUCCUCCCCCUCCCGCAGGCCCAUGUUGGGCGGGCAAAGCACAGGGUGGCUCCCGCUUUGGGUAGGAAAGGCUGCUGUGCCCAGUGCAGCCAAAGGAAACUCCCUCUCUGGGGCAGGAAAGGUUUGCUCAUGUUUCAAUAAAGACCCU